CCCACCGCCCCCCGCAUGGACCUGCAGCAGCCGGUGACCAACCUGAGCGAGCCCUGCCGGAGCUGCGGCCAUGCGCUGGCGGACCACGUGUCCCACCUGGAGAACGUUUCGGAGGAGGAGAUCAACCGGCUGCUGGGUAUGGUGGUGGACGUGGAAAACCUCUUCAUGUCGGUGCACAAGGAGGAGGACACGGACACCAAGCAGGUGUAUUUCUACCUGUUCAAGCUCCUGCGGAAGUGCAUCCUGCAGAUGAGCCAGCCUGUGGUCGAGGGGUCCCUGGGGAGCCCCCCCUUCGAGAAGCCAAACAUUGAGCAGGGAGUCCUGAACUUCGUCCAGUACAAGUUCAGCCACUUGCCACCCAAGGAGCGGCAGACCAUGUACGAGCUCUCCAAGAUGUUCCUGCUCUGCCUCAACUACUGGAAGCUGGAGACGCCAUCCCAGUUCCGGCAGCGCUCCCAGAACGACGAUGUGGCCACCUACAAGGUCAACUACACGAGGUGGCUGUGCUACUGCCACGUGCCGCAGAGCUGUGACAGCCUUCCCCGCUACGAGACCACCCACGUCUUCGGGCGCAGCCUCCUAAAGUCCAUCUUCACGGUCACCCGCCGGCAGCUGCUGGAGAAGUUCCGGGUGGAGAAGGACAAGCUGGUGCCGGAGAAGCGGACGCUGAUCCUCACCCACUUCCCCAAGUUCCUGUCCAUGCUGGAGGAGGAGAUCUACGGCGAGAACUCUCCAAUCUGGGAGGCCGAUUUCACCGUGCCGGCCGCAGAGGGUGCCCAGCUGGUGUCUCGCCCAGUCAGCACCGUUGCUGUGCCCACCACUCCACUCUUCAGCAAGAAGCUCAGCAACAGCAGCUCUGCCGCGAGCAUGGAUGCCAGCACCCCAGAGCCCCUGCCAGGGGAGAAGCGGAAGCUGCCCGAGAGCCUGACGCUGGAAGAUGCCAAGCGGAUCCGUGUCAUGGGAGACAUCCCCAUGGAGCUGGUGAAUGAGGUCAUGCUGACCAUCACGGACCCCGCGGCCAUGCUGGGCCCCGAG